AUGGCAAAGGAACGUAUUAGAAUAGUGCUUUGCGGUGAUAAUGGUGUAGGGAAGUCGAGUUUAAUAGCGUGUCUCGUUAAAGACCAAUUUAUUCCAAAUCUUCAGGAUACUUUACCAAGUGUUACGAUACCAAGGGAUUUUUCUGAUAGUCCAUAUUCCCCUCAGAAUACUAUUUUGAUUGAUACUACCAAUUCAGACUUGGUUUUGCUUAAAAAGGAAUUAAAAAAUGCAGAUGUCAUUUGGUUGGUAUACUCUGAUCAUGAGUCUUACGAACGUAUUGCAUUAUAUUGGAUGAUGAUGUUUCGAUCUCUUGGUGUCAAUUUGCCAGUUAUUUUGUGUAAAAACAAGUGCGAUACGACGAGCAGGGCCAUUCCGGAAACUGCAAAUGCAGAUGAGGAUCGGGACACCACUGUUGAGGAUGAUGAAUUUAUUCCUAUCUUGAAGGCCUUCAAGGAAGUUGAGACAUGUAUAAAAUGCAGUGCGAAAAACAAGCUUAAUGUUAAUCAGGCUUUUUACCUUUGUCAGAGGGCAAUAACGCAUCCUUUGGCACCUUUAUUCGAUGCGCGUAUUGGUGAGUUGAAGCCGUUAGCGAUAUCCACUUUAAAGAGAGUGUUUUUACUUUGCGAUAAGGACCAAGAUGGAUACCUAAAUAAUGAUGAGAUAUAUGCUUUGCAAAAGAAAUGUUUUGGCAAAACUAUGGAUAUUAAUGAGUUAAAGUUUUUACACAAGACGCUGGAGGAUCUUGCUGCUUCAAAUCCAAAAUAUUCGGGCUGUCCACUUUAUGUGGAAGGUAAAGGUAUAACUAAAUUAGGUUUUCUAGUUCUCAAUAAGUGGUAUGCAGAGAAUGGACGACAUGAGACUACGUGGGGGAUACUGCGUGCAUAUCACUAUACAGAUUCGCUUUCAAUUAGUGAUAAGGUGUUGUACCCAAAGGUGGAUAUUGCUGAUACAGCUAGUGUGGAGCUCAGUCCAAUGGGCUACCGUUUCCUGGUUGACUUAUUCCUUGCUUAUGACAAAGACAAUGAUGGUGUUCUCAAUGAGCAAGAGUUACAAAUGCUGUUCAAAACUACUCAAGGAGCACCCAAACUUUGGUCGGAAACUUGCUUUCCUUAUUCUACAGUAGUAAAUUCCCAAGGCUUUAUCACAUUACAAGGCUGGCUAGCGCAAUGGAGUAUGACGACACUGAUCGACUAUAAGACGACAACCGAAUACCUUGUUUAUUUGGGUUUUGAAAAGGACGCUCGGUUGGCAUUACAUGUCACACGACCAAGAAGACAGAGACGGAGAAAUGGUGUAUAUUACCGUGCCGCGGUUACUGACCGUAAAGUUUUUAAUUGUUACGUUCUUGGUAACGCUCAUAGUGGUAAAAGCUCGCUACUGGAAUCGUUUCUUGGUCGACAGUUCUCAGAAGCAUACUCUCCCUCUAUUAGACCUAAAAUUGCAGUGAAUAGUCUAGAGUUAAAGGGAGGCAAGCAAUACUACUUGAUUUUACAAGAAUUAGGCGAGCAGGAACCAGCCAUCUUGGAAAAUAAGAGCAAGUUGAAGGAAUAUGAUGUGUUGUGUUUGACAUACGACUCCAGUGAUCCUGAAUCCUUUUCCUACCUCGUUGAGUUGAUACAUAAAUACCAACAUCUACAAACUUUGCCGGUGGUGUUUGUAGCCUUGAAGGCCGAUCUAGACAAACAGCAACAGCGUUGUUAUAUUCAGCCAGAUGAUUUUACGGAACAGCUAAUGCUGGAACAUCCUCUGCAUACUUCAUGCGUAUGGCCAAGCUCCCUUAAUGAAUUAUUUAUAAAACUUACUGAAGUGGCACUGGAGCCUGCAAAAAAUACUCCAAAUUUAACACCAGAAGUAGUUGAAGAUCGCAGUAAAGAUUAUUGGCAAGCCGCGCUUGUGACUGGCUCGCUUGUUGGUUUUGUUUCGAUAUUCGCGUUUACACUAUCGAAGAUUAUAAGAAGUGUUCGAAGCACACCUUCUACAUAG